UAUAUAUAUAGAGAGAGAGAGAGAGAGAGAGAGAGAGAGAGAGAGAGAGAGAGAGAGAGAGAGAGAGAGAGAGAGAGAGAUGGAAGCCAAUUGGGACCGAUUGGAGGAAGGGGGAGACGUGAGAUCGUCGUAUGGAGGUAACGAGGCGAGAUCUCCUGAGGUAGGUAGAGGAGAGGAGGAGCAAGACCACCAGUACGAAGAAGAAUAUGACGAUGUGGAAAGGGGAGUUAGUAAGACCUGCAGUGCCGACCCACUUGUCGAGCCUUUGCUAUCCAGGACACCGAAGAACAACUCCUAUGGACGUCCAGUCCUUCCCUCCUCCUCCUGCUCCUCCUCCUCGUGGAAGUUCGCCUUCAGGUAUUGGGGGAGCAUCUUAGUGUGUUUCUUCUUUCCCGCGCUUGGAGGCCUUUUGUACGGCUACGACAUCGGUGCCACGUCAGACGCCUCGCUGUCCUUGACGAGCCCGGAGCUCAGCGGCACCGGGUGGAGCAAGCUGGACGCUCUGACGACAGGUCUCGUGGUCAGCGGGUCGCUAAUUGGAGCCGUGAUGGGUUCUGUCAUCGCCUUUCUGGUUGGUGAUCUGAUCGGUCGGCGCAGGGAGCUUAUGCUCUCCGCUGCCCUGUACUGUGUGGGUGCUCUUGGCGUGGGAUUAGCCCCUUCUCUUGUGGAACUUAUCACUUCCCGCGUCGUUUACGGGCUGGGAAUCGGGCUCGCGAUGCACGCGGCGCCGAUGUACAUAGCGGAGACGGUCCCGGCCAGCGUACGUGGCAUGCUCAUAUCGCUCAAGGAGGCGGCGAUCGUCGUGGGCAUGUUGAUGGGCUACGUGGUCGGCUACAGCGAGAUACAGGUGGUCGGUGGGUGGAGAAUAAUCUACGGCUUCGCGGCGCCCGUCGCUGCAACUAUGGGACUGGGGAUGGUGUGCUUGCCGGAAUCCCCAAGGUGGUUGCUUUUGCGAGCUGCCAAGGAGGGGCUUUGCGAAAUUGGCCUCGAAGAUGAGGAGAAGAGAAGGCGACUGCUCGGCGUGCAAGAGCAGGCGACGGCCUCUCUGGUCUCUCUCAGGGGCGGCUCCGCUGCAGACCUCAAGGAGAUCCGGGCCGAGCUGGCCGAGAUUAUGCUCAAUGUGCGCAAGAUGGUCGGAAGCUGUGUCGCAGCAGCAGGAGGAGGAGGAGGAGGAGGAGGAGAUGGAGGAGGUAAUCAGGACGGACGGAAGGAAUGUCGAGGUGGUGAUGGCGGCGGCGGCGGCGGUGGUGGGGUAGAGAAUGGCGAUUCUUGGAUGGCUCUUCUCCGAGGUACCAACCUGACCGCAUUGGUAAUAGGCUCAGGAUUGAUCUUGUUUCAACAGAUGACAGGUCAGCCGAGCGUGCUCUUCUAUGCUGCGAGCAUCAUGGAGGAGGCGGGCUUCCAUGCCACGUCCGAUGCGACGGCGGCAGCUGCUCUCAUCGGAUUGGUCAAGCUCAUCAUGACAGGAUUCGCCAUCGUCUUGGUGGACAGAGUGGGCCGACGGCCUCUGCUUUUCGUCGGAAUCACGGGCAUUCUGUUGAGUCUGCUGGUUUUGACGGUUAGCAUAGGGGAGGGUGGGACGUCCUCCUCCUCUCCCGUGGUCGGAGGUAGUACGGCUGCUGGAGGGGGGGUAGGAGGAGGAGGAGGAGGAGGAGGAGGAGGAGGAGGAGGAGGAGGAGGGGGUUCUCCUAUUGCUUGCGUAGUUGCUCUGCUGUUUUACGUAGGAUGCUAUCAAUUGUCCUUCGGGCCAAUCACGUGGUUGAUGGUGUCCGAGAUCUUCCCGCUUAGGUGCCGUGGGCGGGCGAUCAGUAUCGCGGCGAUCCUCAACUUCCUAAGCCAUACGGUCGUGACGAUGGGAAUGCCGCCUCUAGAGGAGUCACUGGGAACGCGAACUCUGUUCUUGGGCUUCGCUAUCUUCACAGGGGCCUCGUUGAUCUUCGUCGCUCUCAAAGUUCCGGAAACCGCCGGCCUCACGCUUGAAGAGAUUGAAGCGGAGAUGGGCAGAACCUCCUCCUCCUCCUCCUCCUCCUCCUCCUCAAACUAGCUACGAGAAGAAGUAGAUGUUGACUGAGUGUGGGGAUGCGGGCUUACUGUAGAAGAAGUAAAACACGUACAAGAAGGAGAGAGACGAAGGAGAAGACGGAGAAGAAGCCACCGGCGUCACGCUUGAGGAGAUCGAAGCGGAGAUGGGCAAAACCGACUCCUCAUCCUCCUCCUCGUCCUUCUCCUCAGGCUAGCGACGAGAAGAAGUAGAUGUCGAUUCAGGAUGUGGACGUGGGCUUUCUGUAGAAGAAGUAGGACGACUUGUAGUCUAAGAAGGAGAAGAAGGAGAACGAAGAGGAGUAGAUGUUAGUCUAGUGAAGGUGACUUGAUCUGAACGGUUGGAGGGAGAAGAAGGAGAAGAAGGAGAAGAAGGAGGAGAAGAACGAGAAUACGUGAAUUGAGUGAAUUAGACUUGCUGUGAACAGCAGGAGGGAGAGGAAGGAUGAUGCGCAGGGUUUUGAGCCCACGAUUUGCGUGUUUGUAGUCUCAGAUGCGUGCACCUUCCUGGGAUAACGACCAGGUACGGCGACUCGUUUUGUAUAUUGUUUGCCUGGUCGGCAAACAUCUUGUGCCGAUUUCGCCAGCCAGCUUUGUGCUCGGGGCCAUGCUGAUUACUGUAAUUAAUCUUUCACGUCUGCAUCGCUCCAAUUUUAAG